AUGGCACAACAAAAACGAUUGUACUUAGAAUUCGUUAAUGAAUUUACAGAUAGAGAUUUUACAUUUGUUUUUACGCAGAAUUUUGCAUUUGCUUUUACGCCGAGUAAUCAUGACCCCGUAAUGGCAAACAAAAUAAAACCUGUGGCUUGGCAUCAGGCAGUGAUUAAAUCUAAGAAUAAAGCUUGGUUUGAGUUUAGAGGACAAAAUGGGAUCACCUUUGGUGAAUAUGUUAAGGAUAGUUCCUCUCAAACAAUCUACAAGCCAAGACAAUUAUUAUCAACCGAAGAUGGAUUGACCUGGAACAUUAUCUCUAGAGAAGACUAUUUGACGCUAUUUGACACAAACCCCACAACUGCGCCAAUUGGACAAAUUAUUGUCAAAAAUAAUGCAAAUGAUAGCUAUGUGGUAGGUCUUAGUCUUGACGGUGCACCAACUUCAGUCACCCAUGAUCCUGUGAAACACGGUGAACAAGUAGAAUUUGGAACUUUGACAUAUAUUGCUCACCUCGUAUCUGGGCCAAUAUCAGAUGGUCAGACACUUGAUGAAAGUGCUAACGAGAACGAUUAUAAUCUUGCAGUUGUAACUGCAAGUCCUGGCCCUCCAACUGGAUCAAACACUCCUGCAGUCCCAAAAUUGACUGUAGAUUAUUACAAAAUCGAUGGAAUAAAGUCCGGCUUCCUCAAAUCUUCUAAGCUUUAA